GAGAAUGGGCACGCUUCAUGCAUGUUCCGUUCUUUCUUGGCUGCAAACUCCGCGAGGCAAGGGCCUGUGUCGCUACAGGAUUGGGUCCUUGUAGUCCCAGAGAAUGGGCACACUUCAUGCAUUGUCCUGCCUUGGAGUCAAGUGGGCCAAGAUAACCCUACACGUGAGAUGCACUUGGUCCACAAAGCAAGAAGCAGCCUUCAAGGGCCUGUGUCGCUGCAGGAUUGGGUCCUUGUUGUCCCAGAGAAUGGGCACACUUCAUGCAUAGUCCUGCCUUGGAGUCAAGUGGGCCAUGAUAACCCUACACGUGAGAUGCACUUGGUCCACACAGCAAGAAGCAGCCUUCAAGACUCCGCGAGGCAAGGGCCUGUGUCGCUACAGGAUUGGGUCCUUGUUGUCCCAGAGAAUGGGCACACUUCAUGCAUUGUCCUGCCUUGGAGUCAAGUGGGCCAAGAUAACCCUACACGUGAGAUGCACUUGGUCCACAAAGCAAGAAGCAGCCUUCAAGGUGAGUACCCAAUGCUCUGUUCUUUCUUGACUGCAAACUCUGCGAGGCAAAGGGCUGUGUCGCUACAGACUUGGCCCCUGUGCUCCCCGAGGACGCUGUGGAAUUCGGGGCUGUAUAACUCCAGGCUACAAGCUUGGGUCCCUAUAGUCCUAGAAACUGGCAGGCAGGGCUGUGAAUAGAUGCCUCGUGGAUCUUUAUUCUCUUGGCAGCAGAACCCCUAAGAGAAUG